AUGCGUCGGCGAUGCACCGGAAUCCUGAGUGUUCGGGAGGAUCGUCGUGCAGUGUCCAUGGCCUUGAAGGCUCUCCUUGGACAAAGACGAUGUGGGCAAUCUCUAGAUCUUCUCGCGAAGUCUAGAGAUUAAUGAAAUGGGUCGUCGAGUCGUCUCCAGCGGCUGUCACCCGGCGGAGUGGAAAAACAGUGACUUUGUGGCUCUCCGGCGGCUGUCACCCGACGAGCUUCAUCCUCAGGUCCGUGCAGCAAGAGGAGGCUCUUCAUCGCAUCUGAUAUGCUCUCAGGAGGUGGCGACUCGUCUCCCAGCGGAUCAUCCUCUUCUUGAUGACGGCUUGUUCGUUGAUCAAUCGGAGAUGCUUUACUCAAUGGAUUCGCAAUCCUUUUAUCGCGAAUUGUUCAGUAAUUUUAGUAACAAUACUCUACGAAUCGCGUUGACAAGAUUUUCACUGAUGAUCCAACGAUUCUGGUUGCUUAAUCGUUCACCGACGAUCUACAAGAAAGUCGCGAUAAUCAGAUAAAAAAUAUGAAUUUUGGCUUUGGGAGGAUUCGAACCCACGCCGGUUGCCCGCCUUUUUUGGGGAGGGUGUGACUCGGGUUUAGUCCCACAUUAGUUGUGCCGAAAUUUCUAGUGAAUAUAUAGUAAUAUUAUAUUUCCGAUCAAGUCCCUUUCUCGCAUGUGUACGACCACUCCUUGCGCGACAACCGGCUGGCCACCGGUGAUGUGGAAGGAGGGUGGCGCACACGUGCCCCUAUCGGUCCAAGCUGCUCGAGCCCCUACUCACAGCUACUCCUCGACUGCACUUCCGACCCACUUGCGGCCCCGGCUGGCCAGCAAGUCCCCCUCAUUUUGCUUUAUUUUUAUUUUAAUUUCUUUUCUUUCAUUUAUCUCAAAAGUAAGAUUGUAAAAAUCGUAUAAAAUCACAUAAUUACCCAAAAAUUCAGUUAAUUAAUUAAAAACCACUUUUCACACUUUAACAUAAAUAUAAGUCUAUUUAUCAUGAGUUAAGGCUAAAAAUAUAUUAUUUACUAAUUAUUAACUCAUGAUAAUAAAGAUUUAUCACGCCCCACCUCCAUUUAGCUCCUCUUUGUCGGGUGACAGCCACCGGAGAGCCGCAAAGUCAUUGUUUUUUCGCUCAACCGAGUGAUAACCGCCGGAGAUGAUUCAACGACUCAUUUAAUUGAUCUCUAGACUUUGUAAGGAGAUCUAGAGAUUGCCCACGUUGUCUUUGUCCAAGGAGAGCCUUCGAGGCCGUGGAUACUGGACGACAAUCCUCCCGAAUGCUUAG